UGGCCAUCCUGGAUGAAACUGAUGGGAAUUUUUAAUGGGAGUUGAUGGAAGCACCACACUGGUGAAGGCUGUGUUACAGUAGUUUUAUUUACCAUUCUUCUCCUUCAUUUCUAGUGUUGUUUAUUAUUAUAGAUAAUGAAGCAUUUUAAUUAAAGAUUGGAAGAAGCAAAAAUGCUGUAACAGAUGGCUACUGUCAAAACCAGCAAUUAGCAGAGGGAACAUCUAGUUCUUCUAGCCUUUUCAUGACAUAUAGUACAGCUUACCCCAUGAUGUGAUGUCACAACGUACCAAAUUUCCCCCUCCCCUCCUUGCUGUCAUCAGUUAUUCAGAGCAGGGAUGGGGGAACCCAUCAUGUCCCAAAACAAGGCAACAGGGCCAACUCAAGACAUCUUGGCACCUGAGGUGAACCACAAGAUGUUGCCGCCUGCCACCAGGGAAGAAGGAUUGAGUGAAGAGCUACAUCAGGAGCAAGGGGGCAACAAAAUCAACUUUCCCGAAAGGUUGGAAUGGGAAUCAAAGGCCAUUGUGAGAGGGAAAGGGAGCCACUCUGAAUCAUGCUGGAUGCAGAGCCUAGGUAAAAGGUAAAGAUAAAGUGAGAAUUUCAGGGCAGAGAUCUGAAGCAGCAGAGUGCCUCACAGGAGGUGAAGAAUGACUGAGAACGCAGCAGCGCCUGCCACCCUCAAUGCCUCAGAGACAACUGGACCUACCACGCCUCGCAAGGGGCCUCCCAAGUUCAAGCAGCGGCAGACACGGCAGUUCAAGAGCAAGCCCCCCAAAAAAGGAGUAAAAGGUUUUGGAGAUGAUAUCCCAGGAAUGGAGGGCCUUGGAACAGAUAUUACAGUGAUUUGCCCUUGGGAAGCUUUCAGCCAUCUGGAGCUUCACGAGUUGGCACAGUUUGGAAUCAUCUAAUCUACCAGAAUCACUGCUUUUGACCGGAGCUCUGAAACAGUCUAUCACCUGUGAUACUUAUUUCCACUCCUUCUUCAAAAAUUCUGACAUUUAACAAAACAGAUGGCUUUGUGGGGUCAGUUUUGAGCAACGUUCUUCUUAGAUUUACUUUGCAAGGAAGGGUGUUAAAAAUAUAUCCAACUGGCUCAUCAGCUAAGAAGUUGGAAUGGUUCUAAAUGUUUUCGUGUAAAAUAUAUUGUGUUCUUUUUCUCCCUAAAAUUCUCUUUCUAUGUACCAUCUAGGAUUUAUCUGUAUAUAUACAUAAAACCCCCUUACCUAUAUGUUUUCAUCUCAUCUUGGAUAAGUUAUGAGUCUGUGUGCUUGCAUAUGCAAUCCUAGAAGUCUUUGAAGUUUCACUCAUUGUUCAGAUCUGCUCCCACGGCUCUCCUGCGCAUCCAUGAAAAUGACCACAAGCUUUGAAUUGCAUUCCCACAUAAUGAAUAUCCAAAACGAUGUGUAGGGAUGUUUCCAAACAUUCCAUAACCAUAAGCAGGAUACCCAGAGAGUUGCAAAAAUAAUUACCCAUUGUGCCAGGAAAAGACUUUGGAGCCUGCUAAGUUCCAUAGGCAGUAACACCACAGAAGCCAUAAAAAGCAAGGGCUUAAUAACACUGUAGACAUUUUCUUAAUUACAGGUUUAUCAAUGUAGCUGUUAGAUUCCUGUUGCUCUAAUAAAAGUUCCUGUUGCUCUAAUAAAAGUACAUUAAAUGCAUUGUAUUUAUAUCCUAUCACACUUUUUCAUUCCUCAUGAGUAAAGUCUUAGUGAAAUCAGUUGCAGAGAUUUCCUUUUCUUGCUCUGCCCAAGCUGAAAAGCACUCUCGUUUAUUAUUGUCACAUGGCUGAGGUAUGGCAAAGUCUCCCAAGCAGAGGUGGCUGGUGCCCAAUUGGACUCUUAGGGUAGAAGGCAAGGAAGCCCAUGAUAGGCAAGAACAAGAGCCAAUGACAGGCGAAGUCAACAAAUUCUAGUUUUGUCACCACCCUCCUCUGUGCUGAGUUCUACAAGGUCAAAACUGAGACUAUGGAGGAGGAAGCUUAUAGCCAGGAAUAACUCCUGGACUAGUCUUAAGUAAGAAAGCAGGAAGAUGGGAGGCUGCCUGAGAGCAGACUAAGGUUGAGGGGGCAAUGCCCUAUUUGCCCUAAUGGACCAGCCACCAUGGCUCCCAAGUGAAGCUUGAGCUUCUAAUAAAGCUCUCUCCAGCUCCAGAAAUUUCAUUUACACAUAGCUGUAUACCUCAUGGGUCAAUUUAGAUGGCAAGUUUUAGUUAGGAAAAGCAACAGCCUUCUUUGUAAUACCCAGUCCAGUUGUCUUUUGUGGUGUUUGACUGCAGGAUAAGAUGAAUUUUCAUUUGAAACCAAGGUUGUGUAUACACUCCCAUUUGCCCAUCAUCCAGGGUGCUCCCACCACUGCUUUAGGAAGUGGUGUCCAUAUGGUGUUGGCAACAAUCCAUAUCUAUCCUGAAUCUGUCUUGUUGCUGCUUACAAAAUUCUGCAUUUUGAUGCAUUUCCCCCCAAAACCAUCUUCAAUCCAAACUGAGAGAAAAAAAUUGACUUAGCUGUGUUUUAAGCUGGCAAUAUGUACACAGCCUGACUUAUCAUCGAGAUCUAGGCACCAAAUCACAUAACUUACCUCUAAAAGCUGCUUCAUAAAUUACGUGCAUACUAUCUGCAUGAGUGUACUUUAUUUUAGAGGAGAACUCUAUACACCCCAUGAUUUGCAAGCGCUGCUCAAUAAUCUGUUUUACCACAUGCAUACAGCAUAACAUAGAAGCUUGCAUAAUUCUCAAAAUAAAUGUCAAUGGUGUCUCCCUACCCUGCCUUACACCUAUGUAUACCCAAAUCAGGAAAACACCCUAUAUGAAGCCGCUAUGCUGUCACAACUUAAUGGAGAUCCUGAUAGACUCAUGUGACUAUAGGACAUACAUUUGUAGGUAGCAGAAUGAUUCAUUUUUGUAGCUUUCCACACCACUCCUGCCUUGCAGUCUUACAGCCCCAGGUGAUGGUGGCAAUGAAUAUUUACUAUCCUGUCUGCAUUCAUUCAGCCCGUUUGGAAUGGCUGUAGAAAACUCUAGGCUGAAGUUUUGCCCCCAUUUAAUCCAAGACAAGUUAAUAGUGAGGUUGGUGGAUUAAGUGAUUUAUACUGUUGAUAUUCAGAAUGGAGGAUGUUAUUUCAUAAACAUAAUUCAUCUGAGCCCCACUCACCAUCUCCUACUAUUGGGAAACUUAUUUUCCCCAUAUGCUGCUGCUGCUUUUGACGUGUACUGCUUAGAUUUGUGUAGUGUGAUCUCUAUGAGCCUGCAAAAGCAUCAGUUUGUGCGUAUAGUGUGAUGAACUCAGAACAACACACUCACUGGCCACAGUGGCAUGAUGAUAGUGUUGCACGCCAGCCCAAUUUCUGAGUGGUGCAAGAUUCCAGGGGUUCCAGGCACUUACCCAGGGUUUGUGUUUCCUUUUGGAAAUGAGGCACAGUGGAGAUUGUGGUGUCUUUAUGAUAUAUGGUUUAUAUUCAGAUCUCUACAGCCUGAGUCUACAAUGGAGGGAUUCACAGCAUCAACACCCCAAAAGGGUCUUGUUUCUCCCAUAGCUGCUGCCUUGGAGUCAAACAGAAAUCAAACUUCAUGAUCUCUGAC